AUCAAAACCAAAAUAUUUGUUUUAUAAAACAAAACCAAACUUUUUUUUUUUUUUUCCAUUCAUUUAUCCUCUUCUUUUAUGUUCUUCUUUUGUCUGAUCAAUUUCCAACAACAACCGAAAACUGUCCUAAAGCUAAAGCCCCCGCGCUAUGGAAAUUCUAAACACUUCCUUUUUGUUUCAUCUCUUCGCCAUCAACCUUCUUGGCCUCUUGCUUCCUCUCUCCCUCCUUCUUCUCGCUCGUCUCUCUUCCGCCCUAUAUCUCCUUGCCCUACUACCGUGGCCCCCAUCCUUCUUGCUCUCUCUUAUCCUUUAUGUUAACUCUCCUCUUCUUUUCCUUCUUGUUUCUUUCGUCAUCCUCUCCACUCUUCUCCACUCUCUCACCGGAAAAUCCACUCUUCCGACCAAACUCCCCGGUCCCGUCUCCCAACCACGCCUUUACACGGCAUGGAUUUUCCUAUGUACUCUCCAAGUAUGUGUCGGCGUCGGAAUCGAGGGGAGCUUAUCGAGUGGGCUGAACGACUUGACGUCGACUGGCCACGUUGAGGGUGGCAUGUGGAGGAGACUGCUGUUUUUCUUCGGACUUCAUGAAGCCGUGGUGCACUGGACGAGGGUGGUGGUGAAGCCGGUGGUGGACGACACCAUAUACGGGGAAUCUCGGAAAGAGAAGUGGUUUGAGACGGCAGCUACCGCGGUGAGCUUGGGCGGGCUGUGGUGGUGGCGGUUGAGGGAUGAGGCGGAGGUGCUAGUGGUUGUGGCGGAAAGCAAGUGGUUGACGUCGACGGAAUUGGGUUGGGCAGACAUUUCCGGGUGGUGCUUAUAUUACAUUACCGUUGUAAUUGGAAUUGCUAAGAUUGUUAAGUACUGUAUUGGUUGGUUUGGUGGGAUUUUUGUCUCUAGAAAACAUUCUAAAACCUCCAAUCUGGUUGGUGUUGAAGACAAUGUUUGAAAUUUUUUAAUUAAAUUUACAAUUUGUUGGUGGUAAUUGGUAA